AUGCUCACCUUUCGGAGAGCACUUAUUGUUGCCGUUUCUCUACUGACCCUCUUCCUCCUACUGCGCUCGUCGCAUACGUCGCCUCCAGCGCAGGUCAUUCAAUCGCCGAAAUCUGUCCAGUCCGAAGAAACCACUGCCGAGCAGGAAUCGGACAGCAAAGUUCCGGCCAAAGAGUCUGCCAUCUUAGACUCCGAGAAGCCUGCUACGCUGCCGACACCCAAGAAACAGAAGCCCCAAAUCGCGCUGGAAGAUCUUCACGCCAAGCCCCUCCGUGAGCAGCUUGAAUAUCAGUUCCCCUACGACCCGCAGGCGAAAUUCCCCGCCUAUAUUUGGCAAACCUGGAAAUACACCCCUGCUUCUGGGGAGUUCGACGACAUUUUUCGUGAGCCCGAGGCCAGCUGGACCAUCUUGCAUCCUACCUUUGUUCAUGAAGUCAUCACCGAUUCUGUUGCCGUACACCUGAUCCGCCACCUAUACGCAUCUGUCCCUGAAGUGCUUGAGGCUUAUAAUGCCCUCCCAUUGCCCGUAUUGAAAGCGGACUUCUUCAGAUAUCUUAUCUUGCUGGCCAGAGGUGGGAUAUACUCGGACAUUGACACUGCGGCACUCAAGCCGGCAACUGAAUGGGUGCCCGCUGAUGUACCGCGGUCAUCAUACGGCUUGGUUGUUGGGAUAGAAGCAGAUCCGGAUAGGGAGGAUUGGGCGGAUUGGUAUUCACGACGAAUCCAAUUCUGCCAAUGGACCAUCCAGGCGAAGCCCGGUCACCCAGUGUUGCGCGAGGUUGUUGCCAACAUCACCGAAGAGACAUUGCGACGGAAGAACGAAGGUCACCUAAUCAAAGAUGUGAAUGGCAUUGUUGAGUUCACCGGUCCGGCUCUAUGGACAGACACCGUCUUUAAUUUCUUCAACGACCCAGAGUAUUUCGACAUGAGCACAAGCAAGGGCAACAUCACCUGGGAACAAUUCACUGGCAUCGCAGCCGCCAAAAAGGUCGGCGACGUAAUUGUGCUCCCCAUAACAAGCUUCAGCCCGGGCGUGCGUCAAAUGGGAGCAGGCGAUGAUGAUGAUCCGAUGGCUUUUGUAAAGCAUAAUUUUGAAGGGACCUGGAAGCCUGAGUCGGAGCGUCAUAUUGGAGAAUGA